AUGGAUCAUAGCUAUGCGUCCUCGCAAGAAAUCAAGUCUUACUUAUCGGCGGUCACAUUUCAUUACGGGAUCGACAAAUAUAUCAGCUUACGAAGCCAAGUUACUCGGGCGGAGUGGUGUGAACUAACUUCCAAGUGGACCGUAUCAGUCCAUGGGCAAGGCGACUUCGAGUGCGAGAUCUUGGUAAACGCUUGUGGUAUCCUGAACAACGUCCAAUACCCAAGGAUCGAGGGCGUCGACUGUUUUAAGGGACCGCUGCUUCAUACAGCUGCAUGGGAUGAGAACGUUGACCUUGGUGGAAAGAAAGUCGCCAUUAUUGGAGCAGGCGCCAGUGCUAUCCAAAUGUUGCCAGUCAUCGCAAAGGUUGCCGGGAGCUGCGAUGUAUACAUUAGGACACCAUCCUGGAUUGUGCCUCCGGCAGGCGGAGACAAGAAAGGAAAUUUCGAAUACACGAAGGAGGACAAGGAAAGAUUUCAAAAUGAUUCUGAGUUCUCUCUGUCCUCUCGGAGAAAGAUGGAGUCAGAAUUCAAUUCUAUGUACCCAGCUUUCAUGAAGGACGGCGAGGCGCAGAGGGCGCUUCGUACCUCUCUUGAACAGAGUAUGAAGGGGCUAUUGCGCGACCCUGCUCUCCAUGAUAAGCUCAUACCCAAGUUUGAGGUUGGAUGUAGGAGAAUCAACCCUGGAGAGCCGUACCUGGAAAUACUGCAGGAAAGGCAUGUUCGUCCCAUUUUCGAACCCAUUGAUAAGAUCACAUCGGACGGUGUUGUGUCCGGAGGAGAAACUCGUCGGGCCGACAUCAUCAUCACAGCCACAGGAUUCGAUACGUCGUUCACACCGAGAUUUCCUAUCAUCGGGCGAGAAGGCCGUGACUUGAGAGAGUUGUGGCAAACGGACCCAAUAAGCUAUUUUGGACUUGCAGUGGCAGGUUUCCCGAACUAUUUCAUGUUCCUUGGCCCCAACACCCCAAUAUCGAAUGGAAGUGUCAUGGGUACCUUGGAAGCAACGUCCGACUACUUCGUCCGCUUGCUCGGUAAGCUCAUGCGCGAAAAAGCGAGCAGUGUUGAAGUAAGAGAGGAAGUUCAGGCAGACUUUGAUGCACACACUCAGGAUUUGAUGCAGGACAUGGUCUGGACCGGACCAUGUCGAUCAUGGUAUAAAGGCGACGAUGGAAAAGUAAGAGCGUUGUGGCCUGGAAGCUCCCUUCACUACCGGGAAGUCCUUGCAUGCAAUAGGUGGGAAGACUUCAAAUGGAAAUAUCGUGGCAAUCGCUUCGCUUACUGGGGCGAAGGGUUGUCCCAAGUGGAAACCUCGGUCGAUGCAAGCGAUGGUGAUUUCGCGUAUUACAUGGAGCAAUAUGCGCCUCUGCCCCUGGAAGCUUACUACCUUGCCGCUAAAGGAUGGACCACGAAGAAUCGGGUUAGUAAAUCGUUCAGAAAAGGCUGCAAUGAAGUCGUCUUGGGUGAUGAGAGUGAAGGUAGUAUGAUUGAGCCUCCAUCAGUCGUCAGCGUGUGA